GUUUCAUAAAUAUUCGAUGGCCUUUCCGACAGGGUAAUGUGCCUCUGUGACAUUAAAGAGGAAACUCUGCGAAGGGGAGGGAUGACAACAAAUUUAUCCACCAAUAGCACACUCUUUUGGCACAAAAGCACAUUCUUAUCUUUACAUCCCAUAAUGAGAAGGCAGGGACGGGAGUGUUGCUGCAGCUCUCUGGGUGGGUAGAUGUGGAGUGCAGGAGAAGGGUGGCUGUGUAAACUGUUUGAUAUUUUUCCCCCCUUGCCUUUGCAAAGGGAAGGACCCGCGCUUGCGGUCCUGCAGUGGUUUUCCUAAGCCCCCGGUGAGGAGGACUUCUCACACGAUGUCAGACUGCGAGGGACUGCCUGUGGAUGACAGUGCCUCUGCUGCAAGCAGUAUGGAGGUUACAGAUCGCAUUGCCUCUCUGGAGCAGCGUGUCCAGAUGCAGGAAGAUGACAUCCAGCUGCUCAAAUCUGCCCUUGCUGAUGUGGUCCGACGCUUGAAUAUUACAGAGGAGCAGCAGGCCAUGCAGAACAAGAAAGGACCUACCAAAGCAAGACCACUGGUACAAACCCUGCCUUUAAGGACUACAGUUAACAAUGGAACUGUAUUACCAAAGAAACCAAGUGGCUCUUUACCUUCUCCAUCAGGAACCAGAAAGGAGACUGUAUCACCAGCAGCAAAAAGCACCAUUAAGAGAACCAGUUCAGCUGAGCGUGUGUCCCCAGGAGGUCGGAGGGAAAGCUAUGGAGAUUCCAAAGGGAGUCGCAACCGCACUGGUUCCACCAGCAGUUCAUCUAGUGGUAAAAAGAACAGUGAAAGCAAACCCAAGGAACCAAUGUUCAGUGCAGAGGAAGGAUACGUAAAAAUGUUUCUUCGUGGACGUCCUGUUACCAUGUACAUGCCCAAAGAGCAAGUGGAAUCUUACAAUUUGGAAGCAAAAGUAGAACUACCAGCCAAGAGGCUUAAACUGGAAUGGGUCUAUGGAUACAGGGGUCGGGACUGUCGCAGCAAUCUCUAUCUCCUGCCGACGGGCGAGACCGUGUAUUUCAUCGCCUCUGUAGUUGUGUUAUUCAAUGUCGAAGAGCAGCUUCAGAGACAUUACACUGGUCAUAAUGAUGAUGUGAAGUGCCUGGCUGUUCAUCCUGAUAGGAUCACUAUAGCAACAGGUCAAGUUGCAGGGACAUCCAAGGAUGGGAAACAAUUGCCACCACACGUGCGUGUCUGGGAUUCUGUGACUCUGAAUACACUGCAUGUCAUCGGAAUGGGGUUUUUUGACCGAGCUGUCACUUGCAUUGCUUUUUCUAAAUCUAAUGGAGGAAGUAGCCUGUGCUCUGUGGAUGACUCCAAUGACCAUGUGCUUUCAGUGUGGGACUGGCAGAAAGAAGAAAAGCUGGCAGAUGUCAAGUGCUCUAAUGAGGCUGUAUUUGCUGCAGAUUUUCACCCUACUGAUACAAAUAUAAUAGUUACCUGUGGAAAAUCACACCUUUAUUUUUGGACACUAGAAGGGAAUUCCCUUAUUAAAAAGCAAGGAUUAUUUGAGAAACAAGAGAAGCCAAAGUUUGUCCUGUGUGUGACCUUUUCUGAAAAUGGUGAUACUAUUACAGGAGACUCAAGUGGAAACAUUUUGGUUUGGGGGAAAGGUACCAACAGAAUAAGCCACGCAGUUCAAGGAGCACACGAGGGUGGAAUAUUUGCACUGUGUAUGCUGCGAGAUGGCACACUGGUCUCAGGAGGUGGAAAAGACCGAAAGCUGAUAUCUUGGAAUGGAAACUACCAAAAAAUUCACAAAACUGAGAUUCCAGAGCAGUUUGGUCCAAUAAGAACCGUAGCAGAGGGAAAAGGGGACGUUGUCUUAAUAGGAACCACCAGAAACUUUGUCCUACAGGGCACACUGUCAGGAGACUUUUUCCCAAUUACCCAGGGUCACACUGAUGAGCUUUGGGGUCUUGCAGUCCAUUCCUCUAAACCUCAGUUCUUCACAUGUGGACAUGACAAACACAUUACACUCUGGGAUGCAACCACUCACCAUCCUAUCUGGAGUAAGAUUAUAGAGGAUCCAGCACAGUCUUCAGGUUUUCAUCCUUCAGCAUCUGUUGUUGCAGUAGGAACGUUGACUGGAAGGUGGUUUGUGUUUGACACAGAAACAAAAGACUUGGUCACUGUACACACAGAUGGAAACGAACAGCUGUCUGUAAUGCGUUACUCACCAGAUGGAAACUUCUUGGCAAUAGGUUCCCAUGACAACUGUAUUUAUAUAUAUGGUGUAAGUGAAAAUGGAAGAAAGUACACUAGAAUUGGCAAAUGUUCAGGUCAUUCCAGCUUCAUUACUCAUUUGGAUUGGUCUGUUAAUUCACAAUAUCUCGUGUCUAAUUCAGGAGACUAUGAAAUCUUAUACUGGAUCCCCUCUGCUUGUAAACAAGUUGUGAGUGUUGAAACAACUAGGGAUAUAGAAUGGGCCACUUACACCUGUACUUUAGGAUUCCAUGUUUUUGGUGUAUGGCCUGAAGGUUCAGAUGGUACAGACAUCAAUGCUGUCUGUCGAUCCCAUGGGAGAAAACUGCUAUCAACAGGAGAUGACUUUGGCAAAGUACAUCUCUUCUCAUAUCCAUGCUCACAGUUUAGGGCUCCCAGCCAUGUGUACGGUGGACACAGUAGUCAUGUAACUAAUGUAGAUUUUCUGUGUGAAGACACCCAUCUCAUCUCCACAGGAGGAAAGGACACAAGUAUUAUGCAGUGGCGAGUCAUUUAAAGGAAACAUCAGCAUGAACAUACACAGUUGAGUUGACCAUGCACAGAACUUAUGUAUAAACUGUAUAUUUAAAACUUAACAGUAUGUUUGCAGUUUAGCCUGGUCACUGUGAUUUUUGUUUAAAAAAUUCUUACAAACCUCAGGAAAAUUAAGCCCUGUGCUGGUUACCUUACUCAGUCUAGUAUUUUUUUUUCAUUGUGUCACACCUUAAGAUUGCUCGUUCUCUGUUGUACAAUAUACAAUGCAGUACAAGUUUAAUAUAAGAAAUGUGGCUUGACAGUUUGCAAUACAGUGGUAUCAGCAGAAUGUGACUAUCUUAAAUGUUUUCUAUAAACACAGCUAAACUGGUCACAAAAAUGCCUUUCAAAGACUGUAUAUAUGUGCUUAUUCGUUUCACUAUCUACACUUUGUACUAUAUAUCUACUUAUUUAGAAAAAUCUAUGACAAUGUCAAGGUACUGAACUGUUUCUGCUGGAGGCUGAUGAAUAGAUACAAAAAGCAUUAACUGCAGUGUAAGAUGCAAAAAUUAGUGUUCUAGACCUGAAAAUGUGAAUGCUGGUAAAUUUGCAUUCUCUUGGGAACAGCACAGUGUGGGUGUUACCCAUGAGGAGUUGUGUUCCUUCUCCAAUGAAUCAGCAGGCUUUGUCCCAGUUUAACCUGAAUUUCUCAGCAGGGCUUACAGAUGUCUGUGUGGUUCAGGUAGUCUAUAUGAGUUUAAAUUAAAAAUCUUUUUACUUGUAUAUGAAAAAUUUCUUUUUGAAAACAAACCAAUAAAGCUUGGCCACAUCCCCAUUAUUGGCUCAUAUAUUUAACUAAUAUGUAUAUUAAUCAGCAUGAUGCUAUAUUGUACAUGUAUAAGAUUUUAGCAGUUCAUAACAAAUGGUAAGGCCAUCUAGCUUUACUUUUUUAUGCUUAUGGAUAUUGUAUAUUUGUAUUUUAAGACCAAGUAGACCAAGUCUAAAGAUAUCUUUUUAAGUGUACCAUAAACCUGCAGAGGGUAAAGGAAGACUUGGAAGCCUACAUGAAAUAUUAAUGUGUAACUUCUGACCCCUGUGUUUUGUGCAUGGAUGGGUAUUUAUAGUAUGAAAUAAGAUUGUGUUUUGCAAUGAAGUAACAGUGGAGGUGGUAUAAAAUGGUUAAGAAGGCCUUAUCAAUGUUGAUUGUGACACAGAUUGAAAUGUAUUGUUUACUAUGAGGAAUGUAUCUGAAGAAUUUUAAAAGAGGAGUUCUAAGUGGACUCGUAAAAGGUAAUAUUAAAAUUUUGCUUGUAACAGACAGUAAAUGUUAAUUCUCUGAACUCUAAAGCACUGGUUGUUUAGAGUGAUUUAAAUGAAAUUGAAUCAAUAAAUUUUGAAACUUUUUUAUUACAUCUCCAACCUCCUACACUGAAAGUGCAGGACACCAAUAAACAUGUAUUAAAGUGAAUUCUCCAUGUAUUCUUCCUGUUUAGUAAGGUGUCUUUGUUUAAGCAUGAUGUAGAAGAGACAGGCUUUUAUUUAACAACAGACAUUCGUGAUUUCUCGAUUAGAGAUGCAUUUGAAAAUAUUUGGCAGUAAAAUCUGGAUUUUGGGGUACAUAAUUUUAUGUGUGCCCAUGACCCUGGGAACAUAAUGACAAUGCACACCUAGAGAGUGAAACUCCAGCUUUGCAGCAGGGAAGGAUGCACCACAUGCUCUCACCUACAAACUGCCUUGGUCCUGCCUCCAGUACACAUCUCCUGGUUCUGGGUACUCAGCUGGUGGAAUGUUGUUCCACUGCUCAGAGUUAUGCUCAUGGCAAGAGCUCCUGACCAUUUCUGUGUUAGGA